AUGGUAAAAUAUACAUUAGAUAAUUUAAUAAAAAUAUAUAAAACUAGCUAUACAGCCGUUUUACCAGAAAUUCUUAUCAAAAAAUAUUUAAAAUAUGACCCAAUUACAGAACAAUUAAAUGUUUUUGGAAAUAAUUUUUAUUUAAAGGACAAAAGCGUUUAUGUAAUUGGUACUGGAAAAGCUGUGAAAAAUAUGGCAAUUGAGGUAGAAAGCAUGUUAAAUUCUAAAAUUAGAGAUGGCUAUAUAAGUUUACCUAAAGGCAGUUUUAACAAAUUAGAGUUUAAAAGUAAUCUAAAAUAUAUAGAGGGAGCUAAAGACAACUUGCCUGAUGAGGAUGCUGAAAACACUAGCAUAAAAGUAAAAUCUUUACUUUCCAACAUGUGUAUAAAUGACUUUGUAAUAGUCCUGAUUUCUGGUGGUGGAUCAGCUUUAUUGCCAUUGCCAAAAGCCCCAAUUACUUUAGAACAGAAAACCACAUUAAUUAAGAAACUGGCAAAUUGUGGUGCAGACAUUAAAGAAUUAAAUGUAGUGAGAAAAGCGACAUCAGAUUUAAAAGGUGGACAAUUGGCUUUAAAAGCACAACCAGCUAAAAUUGUUACAUUAAUUUUGUCUGAUAUUGUUGGUGAUCCCUUAGAUCUCAUAGCCAGUGGGCCCACAGUAGAAAAUAAGGAUUCUCCAACAGCUGCAAUUAAUAUUAUCAAGAAAUAUCACUUAUUUGAAGACCUUCCUUCAUCUAUCUUAAGUGCACUAGAAGAUAAAGCACAUAAUAGACCAUUUCCUCAUAAAAAUGUACAUAAUUAUAUAAUAGGCUCAAAUAAAUUUAGCAUAGAUGCUGCAGUUUCUCAAGCAAACAAAUUACAUUAUUUAUCUGUAGCAUUAUCAUAUACAAUUACAGGGAAUGUUAAAGAUCUAGCUAAGCAAUAUUACAAACUACUUAAGCAGUUUUGUGAUUAUCUUAAUGGAAACAUUGAUUUUGAAACACUAAAGUCAGAUGUUAGCAAGCUUGAUUUGCCAGUUAUACUAGAUAACAUAAAUGUCUUAAAUACAGUUGACUUCAAAGGAGAUAUUUGUCUUAUUCUGGGUGGAGAGACAACUGUAGAAGUUACAGGGAGUGGGAAAGGAGGAAGAAAUCAACAAUUACCAUUAGAAUUAUCAUUAUUGUUACAUGAAAAUAAGCAUUGUUUGUCAGACCAUGAAGUAUAUUUUUUAAGUGCUGGUACUGAUGGUAUAGACGGCCCUACAGAUGCAGCUGGGGCAAUCGGUUAUACCAAUUUAGUAACUGAUGCAAAAAAAGAAAAUCUCGAUGUUAAAACAUAUUUGACGAACAAUGAUUCAUACAAUUUUUAUAAAAAGUUCAGGAAGGGUGAACUACACAUUAUUACUGGCCAUACAAAUACUAAUGUUAUGGACAUUCAUCUUAUAGUGAUUAGUAAGCAAUAA